ACUAACUGGAACUUGAGGCCUAAAUAAUGCUUCUUUUAACGUCCUCAAAUUUCACCAACACCCUGCGACAAAUGCAAGCGAUCUUCUAUGUCUAGACCUGUACGAAUGUCUUUACCAACAAGAGCCCCAACAUGGGUCUCAACUAGAAGACUGUUUGAGGAAAAGUUACAAGACCUUCACAAAUGCACGGACUUUAACCACAUAAAAGAAGUUCAUGCCCAAAUAAUCAAAAGAAAUCUCCACAAUGAUCUUUAUGUAGCACCCAAAUUAAUAUCAGCUUUCUCUCUUUGUCAUCAAAUGAAUUUAGCUGUUAAUGUUUUUAAUCAGAUUCAAGACCCAAACGUUCACUUGUAUAAUACUUUGAUUAGGGCUCAUGUGCAAAAUUCUCAAUCUUUAAAGGCUUUUGCUACUUUCUUUGAUAUGCAAAAGAACGGCCUUUUUGCUGAUAAUUUUACUUACCCAUUCCUUUUAAAGGCAUGCAAUGGCAAGGGUUGGUUGCCUACUGUGCAAAUGAUACAUUGCCAUGUUGAAAAGUAUGGAUUUUUUGGUGAUUUGUUUGUGCCCAAUUCGUUAAUUGAUAGUUACUCUAAGUGUGGAUUAUUGGGUGUUAAUUAUGCAAUGAAGUUGUUUAUGGAAAUGGGUGAGAAAGAUCUUGUUUCUUGGAAUUCUAUGAUUGGUGGGUUAGUGAAAGCAGGGGAUUUGGGAAGAGCGCGGAAGCUGUUUGAUGAAAUGGCUGAGAGAGAUGCGGUUAGUUGGAAUACAAUAUUGGAUGGGUAUGUAAAGGCAGGAGAAAUGAGUCAAGCGUUUAAUUUGUUUGAGAAAAUGCCAGAGAGGAAUGUUGUCUCAUGGUCGACUAUGGUUUCAGGAUAUUGUAAAACAGGAGAUAUGGAAAUGGCUAGGAUGUUGUUUGAUAAAAUGCCAUUCAAGAAUUUGGUUACUUGGACUAUAAUUAUAUCUGGGUUUGCUGAGAAAGGGCUUGCGAAGGAGGCAACCACUUUGUAUAAUCAGAUGGAAGCAGCUGGGUUAAAGCCUGAUGAUGGGACUCUUAUCAGCAUAUUGGCUGCUUGUGCAGAGUCUGGUCUGCUUGUGUUGGGGAAGAAAGUUCAUGCUUCUAUCAAGAAGAUUAGGAUUAAGUGUAGUGUCAAUGUGUCUAAUGCUUUGGUUGAUAUGUAUGCAAAGUGUGGUAGGGUAGACAAAGCAUUAAGUAUUUUUAAUGAGAUGUCAAUGAGAGAUUUAGUUUCUUGGAAUUGCAUGCUCCAAGGGCUUGCCAUGCAUGGGCAUGGUGAAAAGGCUAUCCAGCUUUUUUCUAAAAUGCAGCAGGAAGGGUUUAAGCCUGAUAAAGUAACUUUGAUUGCUAUUUUGUGUGCUUGUACUCAUGCAGGCUUUGUUGAUCAAGGUCUUUCUUAUUUUAAUAGUAUGGAAAGAGAUCAUGGGAUUGUUCCCCACAUUGAGCAUUAUGGUUGCAUGAUUGACCUUUUGGGUCGAGGGGGGCGUCUAGAGGAAGCUUUUAGGCUUGUGCAGAGCAUGCCAAUGGAACCAAAUGAUGUUAUUUGGGGAACCCUUUUAGGGGCGUGCAGAGUGCAUAAUGCUGUGCCACUUGCAGAGAAGGUACUAGAUCGCCUAAUUACACUUGAACAAUCAGAUCCUGGUAACUAUUCUAUGCUGUCAAAUAUUUUUGCCGCUGCGGGUGAUUGGAAUAGCGUUGCCAACAUGAGGUUGCAAAUGAAGAGCACUGGGGUCCAAAAACCAUCAGGGGCUAGUUCCAUCGAGCUGGAUGAUGAGGUCCAUGAAUUCACCGUAUUUGACAAAUCACACCCUAAAACAGAUAAGAUUUAUCAAAUACUUGUCAAGCUGGGUCAAGACCUGAAGCAAGUUGCCUAUGCGCCAGAGGCAGACUUAUAGAAAUUGGAAUUUUAUGUUCAGGUGGGGAAGGAGCGAUGGACUGUUGCAAGUAUUUUCUUGCUUGUUGAGAAUACAUACUGAUGAAAGAAGUGGAUGGUGCAUUUUAUUGUUUACACUUCUGCACUUGAGCUGGUAACUGUUCUGCUGGACCUCAAGUAUUACAAAUUUUGUCCAAGGAAUCCUUUUGUUCCCUCAUCAAGUUGCAUCCACUGAACUGUUGGACUUCAGAUGAUAGUAUUAGCUGCUUGCCUGGAUUUACUGGCCCACAAAUCUGACUCCACCACCUAUAGAAGCAGCGCUGUCCUCAAAGUCCUUGAGGCUUCUCCCUUUUUCAACUGCCAAAUGUUGAUGGAGGAUAAAAAUGCCAAUCAAUGGAGUUAUCCGACCUCGUGGAGUUAAAGUAAAAAGAGUUUUGUCACGUACACCUUUACUUGUGCCAAUCAAGGAAAUGAGAUCAAAGGUGAUAGAUACCCUCGAGACAAUGUUAUCUGGCGGGUGGCCCAGUGUGGGAUUAUUGAAGAGUUUGUACCAUGGGUGCAAAGAGAGUGCUAGUUUUGCAGCAAAAAUGGUUUGAGGAAAAAUCAUGGCUUGUUGCAAACUUGCUUUAUGUUUUAGGAUGGUUCUUUGAUGGUGGCUUAUGAGCUAGAUGCUGUACGUAUAGGAGCAACAUUCAGUUCUAAAAUCUUACGGAUUCUGUUAAAUGAAUUUGCUUGUUCCUAGGUGGUAUUUGGUGUUAGAGAUUUCACCUAAAAGCUUAAGCUUUUGGGAAAUAAUUUUCUAACAUGACAUUAGAGCAUCUAUGAUUCAAAGGUCUGCACGUUUUGGUUGCUUGCCUCCA